CGGCUUCAGAGUCUGGAUCCAACCGGCAGUGACCUUGAUGGUGGGCGACCAGCUCUAACAUGGACUGAUUUAAUAAAGUCUUGGCAAAAAUGGCAAAUGCAGACAGCGAGGUCAAAACGCUGCUGAAUUUUGUAAAUUUGGCAUCCAGUGACAUCAAGGCGGCCCUGGAUAAGUCAGCUCCGUGCAGACGCUCCGUGGAUCACAGGAAAUAUCUGCAGAAACAACUGAAGCGGUUUUCGCAGAAGUACUCUAGGGUGCCAAGAUGCCACACGCACAGGCCCGCGGAAUAUGGAUGCGGAAGACCGGUGGGGACAGGUCACCAAAGUGUGAAGGUCGCAGAAAAGGCCAGCUCGGAUGCGCAAGAUGUGGAGAAUGUGGGGAGCGCAGUGGAGCAGGUGCCUAUGAGGAAACGCCAGCUACCAGCCUCAUUUUGGGAGGAACCCAAGCUGACCCAAACUAAGAGGGAGCACUCUCAUUUAGCAUUGAAAAGGAGCCCUGCGUCCACAUCUGAGGGCGGUGAAAAUGAAAAGAGAAAAAGGAAUUAUGGUAAUGAUGCAAAGGCCACACUGUCUGCGUCCAGUCGGCGCAGCUCUGCGGACAAAGAGACGCUUAAAUUGGACCUGACCUCUCACCACUGUGUGAGUGUGUGCGGCUGUUGCCCCUUCCAGUACCACGGACACCAGGUCCUCCACAGUCACAUUGUUGUCCCCCAUCCACCUGUGGGACUGUGGGGCAAGACAGCAGGGACUGAGUCAGAGAGACCUGAGCAUCCUUAUGGACAGAAAAUUCACACACAUGUUGUGGUCAAACCCAUACCGACCAAACCCACCGUCCAGUCACCGAUCUUCAGCGUGUUUGGAUUCAUAUAAUUACUCACACUUAAAAUAAAUGUAUAUAGGACUAAUUGCUUUCAUUUUGUGUUUCUGCACAGCCUCUUUCUCUUUCAGCAUUUGAACAUGAGACUCUUCCUCAAGCACUUAUUGGAAUGCUUCAUCUAUUUUUAUUGUUUAAAUCUAAAGGACUAAAUUGCACUUGCAGAAUAACUUCAUCAGCUUCACUUUGAUGCCAGUCUGAUGUCACCAAGUAUCUGAAAAUUGACAGUAAGUUAAAAGGUUUCUACUUUUAGGUUUCUACAGAUACUGCCUGUUCUUUGUAAGGUAGGAAGAAGCCAUGCAAAUGCAUUAAAGCAUCCUGUUUUAGUUUCCUCUUUCAACUAUGAGAAUAGAAUGUGGGGCAUAGAUUUUGCUUUUUGUUUGUCAU